GGAUGUUCAUUCAAAACUGGACCGGAUGUUCUUUCAUUUUAGUUGAGAUCACGAAAAUGGGCAUGUUAAUUGUUAGCGUCCGUUCAGACAGCACAAGUAUUCCAAAAUUGUGUCUUUUCUAUCUUUAAGAAUUUGUGACAGGUUAUGUAAACAGAAGGUCUCUUCAACCAAGAAAAAAAAUAGUCAAGCUGACAAUUACACCCCCUUGGCAAGUUAAGGAAAGUUGUGGAAGUUCCUACCUCAAUACCACACUAGUGAUCAGUGAUUUUCACACCCUCAUCGCCCUCACCGUGUGAUUUGUCGACCCCUGACACAAAGUGAUGACAUCACAGCAGCACCCCCUCCCCAAUGCAAACGUCAACCCUCCCUUGCUUGUCCCUCAGAACUCUUCAGCUCAGCAGGCUAGACCUCACAUUCACCCCAACCAGUUGGACUCAACCCACAGCAGUUCUGUGACUGCUCACUCUCUUCACCACAGAGGUCUAAUGGGUGGUGUUGGGUCGUCAUCUGUUGGAACCUCCAGUGGAGUGACAGUGAAUCGGAAUGCCUCAUCUUCUAACCCAAACUCUGCCUCAUCCCGAAGGCCCUCAUCUGGUCGAUUUGAGCCCUGGCCUGAGGAGGCUGUGGACAAUGCCUAUGGUCUAUACUCACUUCACCGUAUGUUUGAUAUAGUUGGAGCCCAGCUCACUCAUCGUGACGUUAGAGUUCUGUCCUUCCUCUUUGUGGACGUUAUUGACGAAUACGAGCGAGGAGGAAUCCGGAGUGGGCGAGACUUCCUAUUGGCCCUAGAGCGGCAGGGUCGUUGUGAUGAGACCAACUUCAGACAUGUGCUGCAACUGCUGCGUAUCAUUACACGUCAUGACCUGCUGCCCUAUGUCACACUCAGAAAGAGACAGACUGUGUGCCCAGACCCAGUGGAUAAGUACCUUGAAGAGACAUCAGUACGUUAUGUGUCUCCAAGGGGAGGAGCUGAGAGCAGAGAAUCUGUACCACAUAGAAGAGCAGGCCCCCAGCCAGUGAUUUGCUGUUCUCCCUCAGGGCCGCAGGUGGGCCCUUCUCGUACAAAGCCAGCUCCCCCAGGACCUAGUCGCAAAAGGAAGAGAACCCACACCACGGGAGACUGUAGGGAGAAGCAAACUUGUGAUAUCCGCCUACGAGUGCGUGCUGAGUAUUGCCAGCAUGAAUCAGCGCUCCAGGGCAACGUUUUCUCCAACAAACAGGAGGCAGUGGAGAGGCAAUUUGAGCGCUUCAACCAGGCCAACACCAUCCUAAAGUCCAGAGACCUGGGCUCCAUUAUCUGUGACAUCAAGUUUUCUGAGCUGACCUACCUAGACGCCUUUUGGAGAGACUACAUAAACGGCUCUCUGCUGGAGGCUCUGAAAGGUGUCUUCAUAACAGACUCUCUCAAACAAGCGGUGGGACACGAGGCCAUCAAACUGCUGGUUAAUGUGGACGAGGAAGACUAUCAGGCUGGUCGUCGUAAACUUCUGCGUAACUUAGUCACAGGGGGCAGCGGGGCAGGAGAGAGCAAAGAAACUGUGCCCUAACUUGUCAGUAACAGUAAAGAGACCCUUCUUGUUCUGAAAAGAGAACUGCAACUUAAUGGUGUGUGAAGUGUUGGAUAUCUCUUCAAUGGAAGUGAAGAGAGCAAGGAAUAGUUUCAAGUGAACAUUUGGUUAAUUGAGAAGUAAGAGUGGGCCCUACCAGACGUUGUCUACAGAGAAAAUGGAUAAUAAAGUCAUCAACACUCGUGUCAAUCAAUUAUGGACCACAUCACAGAACAGACAGGCGAUAACAGUGUUUCUUUUUUUUUCUCAGAAGGAACAAUAAUAAUAUUGUAACUUGUUAUUUGAACUCAGAAUAGGAUUAACAUUGUCUUUUGAUAUCACCCAGGUCUUUGACCCAGUCAUUCUCAAACUGACACCUCGAGGUUGAACUAUUGCUCCACAUUUCUAACAAUUGAAUAGUUCUUGUUUUAAUCCCCCUAAACAAACAAUUACUUUUGAAUUUAGACACCAUUUGAAAUGAACAAAUAUUGAGUGUUUUUUUAUUCUUUUCAACUAGGCUUUGACUGUUGAGACAAACCUUGUUAGAGUGGAGACAAAAGUGUGCAUGUAUGAUUUGAAAAUGUUUUAUUAUAAUCCUGAGCUGACAUUUCCAGCCAUCAUCACCAUAAUAAUGCCGUUUUGCUUUGCAUCUGCACCAAUUACUUUUUUAAAUGUACUUUCAAGUCACUUAUUCUUCAAUAUCCCCAAUACUUGUCCAGACGUUUAGUUUAUCAUCUGACUCUGCCCUCAUAUGGAGUGAAUCUGUGUUACCCACUGUAUCUAAUGCCAAAACUGACCCUCUUCCAUUCUUCCAAUGUAGACACACACUCACUUUGGGUACCUGUAACAUCAGCUUUCUGAAGUAAAAAAAUAUCUGAAGUCAACACAAUUUCUGGAUAAAAAGGACAGUAUCACAAAUGUAGGUGUGUUCUGUUAUUUUACCUGGCAUGUUGUUGCCCUUGCUAGUGUGCAAGACCAGAGUCAAUUGGACCAAGGUUUGAGUAAUGAAGUAUCAACAAUAUUUGUUCUGUUUUUUACUAUUCAUUUUGAUGUGCUGCAUAGAAAUGAAUCAUAACUUGAAAAAAUAAAUCAGAUCUUAAACCACAGGUAGCAACAGUAUUCCAGUGGUAUAUGUGACAGUGUUACCCGAGUUAAAGAGCCACCAGUACUUGCAAAAUGAAAUACGCAUCAAUGCUAUUUUGACUGUGUGUGUACUUUAUUCAUAUAACGGGGUGUGUUUCUGUAAGUGAGAUGGUUGGAUAAGCAAUAUUUUUCAGUCGGAUUCAUAGCUUCUUGUAGUCCAGUGUGGAAAGAGGAUUAUGUGGAUGUGAUCACUGAAUGUCAGGGAAAAUUAUUAGCAUUGCAAGAUAACAUACUCUUGGCUCCUACAUUGCAGUUGUCCAUGUCUAUUUAACAAGGUAUAUUUUUCUGUUUGUCUACUACCCACCAACAAUAGAUUUCUCCCACAUAUGGUUUAUCAAUGGGCAGAAUACAUCAGAUGAUUGUCAAGUCAAAUUAAUUUUAAGUUUUGUGGUUUAAUGAAUUGAAUUUAAUGUACACAUUUUGACCCCUAUUUGACACUCAUUCUGUAUCAUUCUAGGCCAGUCACACCUGAAGCAGAGGUAUACGAUCCAGCAAUUAACUACAUUAUUUUGACAGAAUUCCCCAAAAAUCAGUUCAACUCAGUAGUCCAACUACCAUUGAUCAGAAAAACAGUUUUGGAAAAUGUCAAGAGGUGGAUAUUUUUUAUGUACUGUCUCUAAUUUUAGUAUAGGUUUUUACACAGUGAAACUUCUUUCUCAAUAGGGGCGUCACCAUAGACAACAAUUGAGCCACAUGCAUACGCAAAUGUCGCAAAAAGGCCAAGGAACAGAUUUAAAGUCCACUGUUACUAUGGUUUUAAGACCAUUCUUUAUUUCCCAAUGGAAUAGAAUGCAAAGUUGCAACUGGUAUCUAUUAUAUAGGUUAUGUUUUAAGCAUCUGUCAGUAGAUUGCAUGUAAGUACUGAUAACCCCCAGAAACAUAAAAAAGAAAGGCAACUUCUGUAACCUGUAGAUAACUAAAUAGGCUGUCAACAAUUCUGUAACUUUUAAAUGCCAUUAUCUAGUAAACUAUUGUAACUGUUGAUGGAUACCUUUUGUCAAUUAAAUACAGCAGAUGGGAAGGAGCAAUCAAAAUGUCAACUGUUCUCCUGUAGCAAGCAGUUAGACCCACCCAUAAGAAGUUUCAUAAAAGCAAGAAAUGCAGCAGCACAUUGUUUGCCCAUACUCUCACCUUAUGUUUUUUUUAAAUAAUUUUAUUUGUGUUGACCAAGAAAGAGGUUGUGGUAUUACGUGAAUAUGUACAUGGUUAUAGUUGAUUGGCACAUCUAAUGUUUGUACAAAUCAAAAUUAAUUUGUUCAAAAUCAAUAAAAAUGUUCUAUAAUCAGU